AUGCUGGAGUUUUUUUAUUUGUCAUCUAUUUCGACUGAUCAUUUGCAAGUUAUAGGUUGCGACGGUACUAGUUUAAAUACGGGACAUAAAGAUGGAGUCAUAACAUUAUUGGAACAUCAAGUUAAAAGACCAUUGCAAUGGUUUAUAUGCGAGCUUCAUGCUAACGAAUUACCGUUACGCCACUUAAUUCAACAUUUAGAUGGUAAUACAUCUGGUCCUUGUGCUUUUCAAGGACCCAUUGGACGAGCUCUUAAUGAGUGUGAAAAGCUUUCCAUAGCUAAAUUUCAAGUUAUUGGCAGUACACUUCCCAAUAUUUCCUUCGAUGAUUUGGGAACCAAUCAAAAAUAUUUAUUUGACAUUUGCCAGGCAAUUAUAAAUGGCACAUGUUCUGAAAGUCUAUCUAAACGUAAUCCAGGAAUGCUUAAUCACUGA